GCCAUAUACCUCUCUCUCUCUCAGACAAACACACAAAACACCAAAAAUGUCCAGGCCACUCGACGUAAACACCAGGAAGCACGAAGAGGCCAACCAAGCCUCAUGGGAAGCAUGCAAGGGCGCCUUGUCCGGAGCCUUCAAGUGGGGUGUGGCCUCGGCGAUGUUGGGCGGACUUGGAUACGCCGUGUCUCCGAUGUAUAGGGGGUUUACUAUUCAGUUCAAGGUAUACAUACAAAUGUCUGGUAUGGUACUGGGCGGUAUGCUGGAGGCGGAUCACCGGAUCCGCGAGUACGAAAAAACCAUGAGGAUGAGGAGGAGGAUAGCGGCAGAUCAGGCUAUGUGGAAGCAAUUUGAGGAGACGUAUGGGAAGGAUGAAGAUGAUGAGUGAGUAAGUGAGUGAGGGAUGGCAGUGGGGUCAGUCAGGCUCUGCUGAGAGUUCUGGGUUUCUUGGACCGUUUGGGUCGGAGGAUCGAUCGGGGUUUCGUGGAGAAUGAAACGGUUGGCAUUUUCUUCUCUUUUCUCUCUUCUCUCCAAUUGUUCACGUCUCCCUUUGCUUUAUAAACAACCUUUGAUACCGGCACAACUACAGCC